AGUUGUAACCCCAUCCUGGAGUGACGCAAAUUGAUUAUUUUUUUCUAGGUUUCCAUUUAGCCUACGUCUAAGCGCAUCAAUAUCGAGCGCUGCCAAAGGUAUUGUUGACAAAAGGUCGUUGUUUAUCUUUUCAGCUUCGAUGUUCGGUAAGGCAUGUGGCCCUCCCUUGUACACCUCCAACCUCCCAUUCUUCAAAAAGUUGACAGUCUGAUUACCCACGCCAAACGGAACAAUCUGAUCGUCGUCACCGUGAAUCACCAGAACGGGAAUGUCCAAGCUCUUGAGGUCUGGCCGAAAAUCUGUCUCCCAUGAUGCGAUGGUAUCGUAUGCGCUCUUGAAGGAUGCCUGCAUGCCCUGGUUAUACCAGCUCUGGAUAAGGCCUUUGCUGACGGUGGCGUUGGGCCGGUUGAACCCGAAAAAUGGGCCUUCGGGCACAUCGUAGAAGAAUUGGGCGCGGUUUUCAGUUAGAAGCGCGCGUUGUUGGUUCAAGCCCUCCAGUGGAAUGCCGCUGGGAUUCCAAUCAGCCUGCAGCAACUGUGGUACGAUAGCGCUGAUUAACACAAGCUUCUUUACCCAACUCGUCCUGUUCGAUCCAUAGGUGCCAUUUCCGCUGUUUGCUUUGGAUUUCGCGGCAAAGCGCAACAAGUCCCCACCACCAGUGCUGUGUCCGACAAGCGUCGCAUCCGAGAGGUCGAGGUGCUCGAAGAGCUGCGAUAUGUCAUCGGCCCAGGUAUCGACAUCGUUUCCGUUCCAGGGCUGAUCUGAGCGUCCGUGGCCACGGCGGUCAUGGGCAAUUACGCGGUAGCCUUGGUUGCCGAGGAAGCUCAUCUGGGCCUCCCAGUUGUCUGAGUUGAGAGGCCAGCCAUGACUAAAGAAUACCGACUGGCCAGUAGAGUUGCCCCAGUCUUUGUAGAAAAUACUCACGCCGUCUUUGAGGGUUAGGGAUGGCAUCUUCCACCAGUUAAGUCGCUCGCCAAGAAGAAUAGAAUAUGGGUUUGGGCAGUAGAAACCUAGGCUCU